AUGGACGAGCUGGCCGGGGGCUCGCAGGAACAACAACCACACCGAUUGCACAUCUACGCUACGAAACACAACACUCACCUGACUUUCAACAAAAUGGUGGACGUGCUCCUGUCCAUUAGCUGCGGCAACAUCGGGUUCAAAAAAGCGGGGCGAGGCAGUUACGAUGCAGCAUAUCAGCUUGCGGCUUUCGCCUUGAAGCAGAUGCAAGAAAAGGGAAUGUUGCGCGACAUGCAUCGGUUGGAGGUCGUGCUCAGAGGCUUCGGAGCUGGCAGGGAAGCGGUCACAAAGGUCAUAUUGGGAAGUGAAGGAAGGUUCAUCAGAAAUCGCAUCAUCAGUGUGGUCGAUGCCACGAGGUUGAAGCAGGGUGGGCCGAGAGGCAAGAAGCCUAGAAGAUUGGGUUAG